AUGGCAAAAAAAGUAUUGAUGCUACACGGGCUUGCCCAGUCUGGUGACUAUUUCGCUUCUAAGACAAAGGGGUUCCGCACAGAAAUGGAAAAAUUAGGAUAUAAACUCUAUUAUCCAACGGCACCUAAUGAAUUUCCUCCAGCUGAUGUUCCUGACUUCUUAGGUGAAGUGAUCGCCGAUGCGCCCAACGACAAUGAAAAUACUGGUGUACUUGCGUGGUUGGAAGACGAUCCUACCACAAAUGGCUAUUUUAUACCACAGACCACAAUCGACUACCUGCACAAGUAUGUGCUUGAGAUGGGUCCUUUUGCGGGCAUUGUAGGGUUCAGCCAAGGCGCUGGUGUUGCUGGAUACCUGGUAACGGACUUCAAUGCUUUAUUGGGACUUACUGCAGAGAAACAGCCUCCACUGGAGUUCUUCAUGGCUUUCAGUGGAUUCAGAUUCCGACCACAGCAGUACCAAGAGCAGUAUGACCUGCAUCCAAUAUCCGUACCAUCUUUACAUGUACAAGGUGAACUUGACACUAUCACAGAGCCGACCAAAGUGCAAGGCCUGUACAACUCAUGCAUGGAAGACUCCCGCACUUUACUUAUGCAUUCUGGUGGACACUUCGUACCCAACUCUAGAGGCUUCUUGAAGAAAGUGGCCCAAUGGCUUCAACAAUUGGCCUAA